AAAAAAAAUACGCCUGAAACAGCCAUUGGUGGCCGGACAGUGUUCUGAUUGAUACUUCGCAGAAAUAUUUGUGUUCAAUCUAGAAAGGGGCACUGGGAUUGAGGGGCAAUUGAUCCCUUUUGAAUCCGCCUCUGCGGCAAAAGAGGUUUGCAGCAAUGGCUUCCUCUUCUUUUGCAGCAGCUGUAGGAACAAGCGGCACCCCCCUGAACCCCUCAAACCUCAAGAAGUCCACUCCCAAUUUUUGCACUUCACUCCCACUUAUCCCCGCCUCUUUCAACCAAACCAUUCUCAGAACCGACACACCCAUCUCUUCCAUUCACCGUUCAAGCCCCAACUUCUCCCCGGCAACAUUCUCGCAGCCGGAACCAGAAACAGAAGAACUGGAUUCCGGAAGCAGGCCGGCGCCAUAUUCUGCCGCGCCGAUGGUGAUUCUCCCCCCUGUGAGGCGGCAAAGAAGGGCGUACAGAAAGCAAUACCCUGGUGAGGAGAAGGGCAUUGCGGAAGAGAUGAGGUUCGUCGCGAUGGGACUCCGCAACAAUGGCAGCCCAAAAAGUAAGCGGAGAGCUAAGAGUGGGAUAGAUUCGGAGGAUUGUGACGAGGAAGAAGAAGUCAUAGAGGCCAAUGAUAGUAGUGGAAUUGGGGAGUACUGGCAGCCUUCCAUGGAAGGAUUCCUAAGGUACCUUGUGGAUAGCAGGCUGGUUUUCAGCAUAAUCGAACGCACUGUUGAUGAAACCAGUGAUGUUUCUUAUGCUUACUUCAGAAAUACUGGAUUGGAAAGAGCAGAUUGUAUAUCGAGAGAUCUUGAGUGGCUAAGCGAACAAGGAAAUGAUAUUCCGGAACCUAGCAAUCCUGGUGUUGAUUACUCCAAUUAUCUUGAAGAACUUGGAGAGAAGAACCCCCCUUUGUUUCUAUGCCAUUUCUACAACAUAUACUUCUCCCAUAUCGCCGGAGGUCAAGUUAUAGCUAAAAAGGAGAACAAGUAUUGAAUCAGCAGCUUCUUCAGCUUAUGUGCUUUGCUAUUUCACUAUUCACAAAGAUAUACUCCGGAUUAAGUUUGUGAGAAGUUGAUAAGAGGAGGAGAAGGAAGGGCGUUAGAAAUGUACAGAUGGAACGGAAAUGAAGAAAAAUUGCUGCAAGGAGUGAGGGAGAAGCUCAACAUGCUGAGUCAGCAUUGGCCUAGAAACCAUAAGAACAGAUGUUUGCAAGAUAUGCGCAAGUCUUUCCGAUUUCUGGACAAGAUUGUCCGGUUAAUCGUCUUGUAAAUAACUUGGAGCCUUGGUUCUUGUCUCUUGUUCAUAUCAAUUAAUUAUUAUUCAGCAUUAUUAUAAACAUUAUUAUUAAAGUUGCCCUUUUAGUACUGGAAAACGAGUGUACAGCAGCAGUUGGUUCAAAAGCUUGUUGAUUAACUUGUACAGCUAACAGCUUAUUACCCACUCCCCAGAAUAUUUAGUUUUCUGAUUUGACUUGAUA